AACUUACAAAAAAAGGAAUUAUCAAAAGAUCUGCCAAUGGAAAACAACAUGAACAAUGAAGGAAAUAAGCUUCAAGGGCCGUCAAAAGAGAAGAGAAAGUUUGACACUUUGAACAUUAUAAAAAACAUUUUCCCAUUCAAGUCAUUGGAGAAAAGUGUGCCAGCAACUAGAGGGAUUAAGCGGAGCCAAGGAAAACCAAAUUUGAUAAGGAGCUGUAAACGUAAAAAAUUAACCCUUGGUAAGAAGGAUUCUAAAACAGCUGAUGGUGGUGAGGGAGAGGAGGAAGCAGACAAUGAGUGUUCUGAUGAUUCUGACAGUGAGGGCUGGCAGAUUCUCGAGGAGGAAUCAGACAAGGACCUAGACAAAGCACUGGAGGAGAACGCCUCCAGAAAUAAGCUAACAGCCUAUAAUGUUAAAGCAAUACUUCAUCAAGUUAUUACAAAUGAACAUGUUGUUGCCAUGGUGAAGAAUACUAUCUUGAAUGAGGUGGCUUCCAAGGAAGAACUUAAAGAGGCCACCUAUGAACCCAAAAUGACAAGGGCAACUGUCAAAAAGGCCAUAGAGGAGAAGGGAGAUGUAAUGCACCCUUGGCCAUUAACACCCCUGAAGAAGAAGACAGAGGAAGUGAGGACGAUUUUAGACAUAGAACUGAGUGAGGAGGAGGAAGAGGACGAUGAUUACAGUCCUGAUAAAGAAAAGGAGGGAAGUUUUAGUGAUGAAGACAGUGAGAGUGUGACUUCUUCACAGAUGAGUGACUUUGGUUCCCCCUGUCCUUCAACUCCGGCCACACCCAGGACACCAGUCUCGUCAGUGGGACUAACUUUAGACACAAGGAAUGCCACUACCACUGAAAAAGAAUAUAAAGGGCCAUUUCUUAGUCCCAUGGGUCCACCAAGUAAACUUCCAUUAUACAGACAGUCACUUAAUAAGAAAUUCCAAGAAGUAGAGGAUAUGAGUGAGAAAACUAAGGAGGAACAAACGAUAGCAGCCAGAACAAGGUCUAAAUUAUCUCUGGAGGACACGUCCAUUAUUGAGCUGGAGUCCACUUUUGUUCCCCCUGAUUUCACCCCUGACAUGUACGACAAUGAGUGUGAGGAUGAGGAUUGGCAGGGAUUCCUCCAGUCCCUCUACAAACCUCCAGAAUCGGAGAACACCAAUGAUGGAAUGGAUGAUGAGGAUCCCGAGUACAACUACCUUGCUGAGAUUGAUGAUCUGAUUGACAGCGAUGAGGAACUCCGGAACGACAGAGCUGUGAAAAUAUCCAAGAAGGAAAUGAAUACAUUGAUGGAUGAACUCUUUGAGUAUUAUCAGGAAACACAGCCAUUGGAAGAAGAUGAAAAGAAAGCCAUGAAAGUCAAAGCAAAGGCCCAUUAUAAGAGGCAGGUAUUAGAGACGGACAGUCAGCCACAGAGUACGGAGAAUCAGUUUUAUGUUAUAUCUGACCACGAGAGAGAACAGAUAGCUGACCAAAUGAGAAAGCAUGUACAGCUGUUAACUCAGAUGUAUGUCUCUGCUAUGGGAAACCAGGCUGAGUACAAAGAGGUCGCUGACUACAGUAAAAAUCUUCUGAUGGAACUACAUCAAUUCAGUGUCACUAAUACUCAGUACCUGACACCUAGUUCCAUGUAUAAUGCCACAAAUCUGAAGGAAGCUGUAAAACUGGUCAAUAAAACAGAGGAAUGGGAGCAGAUAGAGAGGAACAAACACAACAGAAGUACUCAGUAUAUUUCCUCUGAGAAGUCCAUCGCCUCACUGUUAGUACAAAAUUACCACACCUUGUCAAAGAGGAAAAAGGAUCUAAUCCUCAACAUUGUAGGAGAUACACCUUCAAAGGCAAUAGGUGAGAGACUGCAGUCCAAUAGACUGACCAUUCCUCACUUCACCAACCAACAGAAACAGCUGAUCUGGACUAGUCCUGUUUUUAUGUACCCAGAACUGGUGCCGAGUGGGAGCUUCCUGUUUAGAGGUGACCUUCAGGAAACAAAAAGAAGGGUGGCCUUCACGGAAUCAGAGGACAGAUUGAUGGCUCUUGGAUUGGACCAAUUCAAACAUCUGCCAUACUUUCACCAAUUGAUAAGAAAAUUUCUUCUUCCUUGUAAAACAGAGGAGCAGAUAAGAGUUCGCAUCAAGAAUCUAACCAGCUCCAAAGCCUCUCCAAACAUUAUUAAGAACUACAAACUGACCAAGAAAUUGCCAGAUUUUCAGACUUUCACUGGAAUUUUUUCACCAAAUGAUAUGAAAGCUCCUAAAGAUCAAGAUACUGGAAAACUGCCAACUUGGUGCAAAGAGCUCAAAAUCCGUGAAAUUAUGGCCAACACUGAAGAUGCUCAUGAGAAAUAUGGAAAUAUGCAGAGGUCAUCUAGUGUAAACAUUCCUCUGAUGUCAUCAGAGAAGGGAAAGGCUGAGGAUUCAAAGAGUUGUUCAGCUCCUGUGACACCUAUGACCAAAACACAGGACCAAAAUAAACCCUGUACUGUCAUUAUUGUCCCAAACCUUACCCCUGAGAAGUCCAAUGUGUCUCAAAGGCCUGUAACUCCUGUUAUAGAAACGAAGGCUUCACAGAGUUCACUACCCCUUAAUGCCAUUGUUCUCACUAACAUACCAGUUUCUUCAGCUUGUGAUGCAGAAAUUCCCUUUUCAACCAAAACUCUUGGAAUACCAUUAUCCUGCAGUCAAAUGUCAGCUGAUCAGAACUUCACCAGUAAUAUGUUAGCCAGUCAGAGAAAUCAUAAUAAUUCUAGCAGUUUAUCAUCUGAAUGUAGUCAAAAAGUGUUACCACUGAACACCAGUUCAAGUGUCAUUCUUCCUGUUUCAUCAACACAUAGUUUAAAUACCUUGUGUACUGGUGUUACACCAGUUCCCGUGUUUUCUAAUCAGACUGUGUCAGCUCCGAACUUGCCAAUCCAGACUCAAUCAAGCCAAACGGUGACAGGGCCCACAUUAUCAAAUCAGGCAGUGAUAAGUUCUUCUUGUCAAAGCAUGGCAAGUUUAAUUGAACAGAAAUGUCAGGUAUCAGAGACUCUCAACAAAAAAUUGUGGACACCUACACCCCAGAAUAGUGCAUUAUUGUCAAAUCCCUGUGAGCAUAUUCAAGAGGAAUUCCAUAGCAGCACAGGGAUGUCUAUACAGUCAGAGAGGUGUAUUUCUCCUGAUAAUAUUGAGCCAACUGUUAAAAUGAAAAAUAAAGAAAGAGAUUCAAAUGAAACUGAUUUAUCCAAGGAAGUUAUAAAGAAGCAAAUGAGUAUCAAAGGUUCUGAUGCUAGAUCAGAGUCUCCAAGCAGACUGAAAAAGGUGCCAUUUUCCCCUGGGUUUAUACCACUACAUCAGGAGUCAGGCCAAACUGAAAUCCUGGGAAAUCCUGGUAGUCCUAUUCUGAUAAGAAUGGUUGAAAAUGUUCCUAGUCCUGUAGAGAGCAAAAGCAAUCAGCCAACAGAAGGGAGCACAAAUCAGAAUGCAAGUGUUGGUGAGCAUGAUAUGAACGCUGAAAAUAGAGGAAACAAAGAGAGGCAGAGUAAUGUAGGAAAUGUGUUUUUCGGUGACAGUAAUUUGACAGAUUCUGGUGUUGUUCAGACUGAUGUUUCAGACAGUAGUCUUAAUACCACACUGGUAGCUGACAACAGUUAUAAUGAAUCACCAAAACCUGUCGAAAAUUCAAGAGAAAUACAGGCUCUUGUUAUAUCUUCAGUGAAUGCUUUAAAUAGUGUAAAUCAGUCCACAAAUGUACAGCAGACCUCAGGAAAAACGGUCACCUCUACACACCAGAUUAUAACUCAACAUCAUCACGAGAAUUACAAUUCAGCAAAACUACUUGGUAUACCAAUUGAAAAUAAAUUACAUGUAAACCAACUUCCAUCUACAAAUAGAACAGAAGAGCAGGAAUCAGACAAAAAUAAAACAUCAUGUAGAGCCCAUUUAAUUGGAUCACUGAGUAGUUUAUCAUCUACUCAGUCUAAGCCUUUGGUGUCAGCGAGCCCAAUGAAAUCAGCCCUAGAUAUUGUGGCUGCAUAUUCUUCUUUAAUGCUGUCUCCCAAAAAAGGCCCAGCAAGCUUUGUUCAGAAAGCUCAGGAGACCACGCCAGUUAAAAGCAGGUAUCGACCUCUUGCUCCUAAACCAUACACAUCAUCAGCCACUGUUGUAAGUCCAUUUUUAAGUCCUCAAAAAAGUCCUAGAAAAAGCCCUAGGAGGCAACAGCUACAGAGGAAGGCCAGGGCAAUAUGCCCCAAAGGACUUGUGGUCAAAACAGUGAUAUCACCAUCCAAGAAGGCUGCCUCCCAGAUCAUGAACAGAGUUCUGGGUAAAACCCACUGUAAAAUACUACCACGUCCACCGGGCCUGCCCAGAAAUGAACUUCACAUUCAGACCAAAGGAUUAGCAUCACAUGAGGUCCCCGCUGAGUUGCUGAAAGAUGAGACAGAAACAGAGGAGGAGGGAAUGGAAACAGCUAGUGAAUGUGACACAGUAGAAUCAGAAUAUUUGUCUGAUGAAGUAAUGGAGGAUGUCGGUGAUAAGAAGCGAUCAGCACGAAAAAAUCUUCAGAAGAAGUUCCACAAAAACCGAGAGCUGCGUAACUCUGUGGAGAGUGAUGAUACAGAGGUAGACGAAUCCAAUCUUUACGACAGUCAGGACGACAAUGAAGAGGAGUCCGAGCACAUAGCCGAUCUCAUGGCUGCCAGCACCACUAUCAAAUUUAAUCCAAAGAGCAUUCUGUCAAAAGACUCUAAAGAUCUGUCCAGCAAAACAAAGAGAAGAAAAGAUUCUGCCCUAGCCAUGCUGGCCCCAGAUAUUGUAGAAACAGACCCUCUGAAAGAUGAUCGAGACACAGCAUUUGCACAAGCUUACUUAACCAAGGCAGCAGAGGACCUGAAAGAUGAUUUUACCACAUAUGAACAAUUUCUAAAAAUCCUGUACGAGUUUGGAAAAUCUGAACAGUCACCAGUAAAACUGUAUAGAGAAAUGAGGGAGCUGUUAAGGAAUUUCCCUGACUUAGUGGAGGAUUUCUCAGCUUUUCUGUCCCCCAGUCAGGCCUUGGAGUGUGGCUGCUUCAUGGAGAACCUUCGUUUCAGGAGGGCCAGGACUUUCCUACGUAAAUUAGAGGUGUAUGCUGAGAGACAUCCUUCUCACUAUCAGAAAACCAUGAAACUCCUCACAAAGUGGGCCCCAGGGGGCUCCAAAGAGGAGGAGAAGGCACUGAAGGAAACGCUGGAACAAGUUCUGAAGAAUCAACCACAUCUUCUAGAUGAGUUGUCCCUCUUUUUUGAGGAUGAAAAGCCCCCAGACAGCUAUAUGACAGAGUUUGAGGAGAUAACUCUGGGAGACAGUGAUGAAGAGGAAGGGUUCCAGUUCGAUGAUUUUGAGGAAGUGGUCGUUCCAGAAGACGAAAAUCCUGAUGGAACAAAGAAGUGCAUGUGUAAUUGUCAUCAGAAUCCCAACGCCAAAAACUUCCAUAUGAGGAAUAUUCACUGUACCAACUGUUGUUUGAAGGUGAUAGAUGGAGAGCUAUACUAUAGAAUCAACAGACAAGUCCUAAAGAAAGUGAGGGUGAGGUAUCAUCCAGAAGUUAAACCUAAGCCCAGCUGUCCAGAAGAAGAGGAUGUUGAGGAGAAGAUGAAAGUGAAGACAGAGCCGAUGACACCAGCUCAGUGGGAGGAGGAUGAGGAGGGAGCGGAAAAGGAGAACGUACAGAUUAGACGACCAAAACAUGUGGGAAUAAAGUUAAAGAUUUCUAGCAGAAAGAAGGGGAAACAGGGACGUUUCUUUUCUAUUAAAGAAAUGGCUGAUUCUCCUGUCAAGAAAACAGUUACAAGUGUUUCAACAGAAACUGGUGACCAGAUUUCUGACCUGGAAAAUCUUCCCUCCACAUCCAAUCAGUCAAAAGAAAUGCCUGAAGAAGGUGAGAAGAGUGGAGAGAGGGAAUCGACUUCAUCACUAAGAACUGAAGAAUUGGAAAGUAUGGAACACUCAGAAGAAUCUCAGCUUGGUUGUGGGUUACCUGAUCUGAUUCCACCUCAGGACCAAAGAAGGCAAGAGGAAGCGAAUCCUGGGGGGGUGGUGGAGAAGAUAGAGGAAACAUCUCCACUGUCCAAAGUACCCAGGUCAGUGGAAGUGACUGUCACAGCAGACAGCAAUGAAGACUUCGCAGGGGCCAUAAUAUCCAUCCCUAACACUGAAACAACACCAAAAAAGGAUUCCAAUAGAGAAUUCACCAUCAGUUCAUGGGUGGAAAGUGCUAACUUGUCACCUCAGAAAACCCCUCCAACUCUUACAGAGGAAGUUGCCAUGGAUGGACAUAUUUCUCACAGAGACAGUUCCUGUUCUGACUUGCUUGCCAAAGCUUUACAUGAGGCCAUGAUAAGUCAGUCAGAUGUGUCCAUGACUUUAGAUUCCUCACAUGUAGGCAACAAAACACAAAGUGCAUCUAGUCCAACAAAAGCCCCAGUGUCUUCAACUAAUCUUGGAUUUUCAAUAGUUUCUGAAAAAGAGACUAGGAAUAUGACACAAAAUGUUAAUAAGUUAGAUUCAGAACAAAACAUUUCACCAAGUGCUAAAAAAUUGGACUCUAGUCCUACAGAUAAGCAGAAGAAAUGUGAGAAAAGAAGAAUAGUGCCAAAACCUGUCACUGAAGAUACGAGUUGUGUUUCACCUGCAUUUUCCUUGUCCAGCAUAGACAAUGUUGAAUUCCUAAAAAGUCCCACUGACUCUAGUCCUAUUAUUGCCUACACAAACUCCCCUGUGUUCCAUAAUGAAAAUUCUAAUCUUUCAAUAAAAGUAAGCCCAAAUCCAAAGUCCUAUUCUACAGAAGAAUCAGGUUCUUCAGCUGGCCAAGGUCUAAGAUUAAAACUAAGCAAAAGCCAAAGUGUAGCUUCUCCAUCUAGAAACAUUAUUUCCAGUGUUGUUGGAUUUGGCCAAGAAGAACUUAAAGCAGGACCUAGUCCCACUCAGGUGUCAGAUGCAUUAGUAGAUCAAAGAGAGACAACUCCUGCAACACCACUGAUUGAAUGGACAAGGGAGAUGGAUAGAGUAAUGUUAGAGAGUGUCAAAGCAAAUGGCCCCUUCUCCAAAACAUUUGAAGACAUCGCAAAACAAAUUCCUGGAUCGACAGUAGCUUCAAUAAUAGAGAGAUUUCAUGCUCUGUUGGAGAUGCUGGCAGAUGAGACCCCGAGUGAAGAUGACACUACAGAGGAGACAACGGAAUCAUCCAGCUGACAAAGUGGCUGCUAAAAAUAGGAUUCUCAGACACAGCAGAGAGACAGUAGAGUCAUCCAGCUAGACAGGCAAAGUGGCUAAUAAAAUCUCGGCCCUCAGACAUAGGGGAGAGAGUAGGGAGUGAUCCAAAAGGCAAACUGAGCUCCUCCUCCAAAAAACAAACCUUCAGUGUCCUGCAGCUAAUCAAGUCUUAAACUGUAUCCCUAUUUAUUACAUAACAAAUUAUGAUCAGAAUCACAGAUUUGCUAUUGUUUGCUUCAGUCAGCCAUUAAUACACUAUCCUUGGCACCUUUGUAUGUUUUGAAUGGUUGAGAGUAUAUUUUCUUCUUCUAUUCAAAAUCUUGCAGACUUCAUUAAAAAAAUGAUUUAAUUCUGUGAUGUAUGAAGCAUUUGCAAUAAUUAUGCCACAGUUUAUUUUUUGUGUAUUAAUUGUUAUUUUUUAUUUAGAAUUAAAAUUGUAUAUAGUUUUGUCAAUGUUAAAGUAUUUGAAGGAAAUUUUUGUUUAUAUUUCCAUGUUUCACAGAAUAAAUGUGUGCAGAACUGGAUUAUUAUUUUAUUACCUAGUGCUUUUAUCUAUUUUGACAGUUUUUUCACAGGGCUUUGUGAUUUUGUUUACUUUUAAAAUAGAUGUAAGUGCUGUGAUGUUUAGAUCAUCCAUGUCAUAAAUUAUGUAUGGUGUGUUCUGCAUGUUACAGAUAGAUACACUACUGUAAUUGUUAAUCAGAAUCUAUUUUAUUUGAAGUUUCCUUUUGAAAUUUUGAAAAGUACAAAAUACUGGAUUAAAUAUUAAUUAUUAUUUUUCUUACAGAGCAGAUGAUUUAAGUAAGGUUUUCUGGGGAGGGUGUGUGU